AGGCAGUUCAUUCGACUUCUGAAGUUGAAACCCACAGCACCACCAAGAACUCCUCUCCAAGACUAUACACUCUAUAAACCAAACCUACUUUUGGAUAUUCCAUAGAAAGAAGAGAAAAGUUCAGAGUUCAAACCAAAAUGCAAACUCAGACUCACACCACAACAGAUCGACAUGGCUAUAGCCUGCGCUUUUCGCCUUUCGAGGCUAACUACUUGCUGCUAGCUACAAGCCAACUGUACGGUCUUGCUGGAGGUGGUUCCCUCUUUUUGCUCGAACAGAACUCCAAUUCGACCUCCACAGACGGCCAGAACCUUGGGGAACUGUGCCGUCUGGAGUGGUCCGAUGGUUUGUUCGACGUCGCCUGGUGUCCCUAUGCUGCCGAUAUCGCUGCCACUGCCUCCGGUGAUGGAUCCCUUCAGAUCUGGUGCGGAUUGGAUGGUGAAUCGGCGGCUAACCAGCAGACGCCCAAACAACCCCUGAUCUGCUUGCAGGAGCAUAAGAACGAGGUCUACAGCCUGGACUGGGGCGAGAAGUGGAACUACCAUACACUGCUCUCGGCCAGCUGGGAUUGCACUCUGAAAUUGUGGGACUGCAACAGACAGAACUCCAUCACCACCUUUGUGGGCCACAACGAUCUGAUCUACGGAGCCAAGUUCUCGCCCCUGAUCGCCAAUCUUUUUGCUAGCGUGAGUACCGAUGGACACCUUAACUUAUGGAACUCUCUUGAUUUUGCAGGUAAACCCCUGAUGAGCAUCGAGGCGCAUGCGAGUGAGGCAUUGUCCUGCGACUGGUCGCAUUUCGAUCGCAAUGUCUUGGUUACUGGAGGAUCGGAUGGCCUGAUUCGUGGAUGGGAUCUGCGCAAGAUGAGGACGCACGUCUUUGAGCUGUACUCCGGGGAAUUUGCUGUCCGGCGUUUGGCCUGUUCACCGCACUCGGCAGCGGUUUUGGCAUCUGCCAAUUAUGACUUCACCACACGGAUCUGGAAUCUGGAGCGUGGCGAAUCUGCUCAGGAGAUCAAUGCCCAGCACACUGAGUUUGUCUGCGGCUUGGACUGGAACCCUCACAGGACCCACCAGCUGGCUGACUGUGGCUGGGACUCGCUGGCCAACGUGUAUACCCCUCAAUGUCUGAGCGGAGAACUAGCUGUCUAGGUUAGACUACAGGGCAUGCCCGAAAACUGGAAACUGGAACUGGUACUCCCUAAAUACCGAAAACACAUGUGAUAAGGCGCUAGUGGCGUCGAAAUAGCCAGGCCUACAAACGGUGCACCGCCAGGACGCUAUAGCUGAGCUAUAUAUGAAAAGCCUAAAAGGAACUCUAAGGACCGACCAGAAAGACAAGGAGUGAGGAGAAUCUGGGGUGAUGACGUGUAAAUAGUUGUGUGAUAAACGCUGAAUGGGCGAAACCUCAAGCAGGUGCUUCAAAUGUCAAUAAAAGCUUACAUAUA